AGGGUGGAUGUGAGAUGACACCUCUGCAAGAGAGCUGUGAUGGUGUGAGGAUGUUUCAGCCUACGUAAAAGGAAAACAGAAGGGGGCAAAGGAAAAAAAACACACAGAAAUUCUGUGUUCCUUCCUCACUCUUCCCUCAGUGGUGUCUCAGCCCGUGCAGAGGUGCGAACACAUCCUGUUUACCUCAGCCGCCGAGGCGGGCAGGCCGAGGGAGCGCCGGGCUCAGCGAGAGCCGCAGCGGAGACGGGCUGGCAUGGACACGGUGCCCGUCUACCACGGGGCCAUCAGCCGGGAGGCCGGCGAGAAGCUGCUGCUGGCGGCGGGCACGGACGGCAGCUACCUGCUGCGGGACAGCGAGAGCAUCCCGGGAGCCUACUGCCUCUGCGUGCUGCAUCAGGGUUAUGUUUAUACCUACAGAGUGUCCCAGACACAAACUGGUUCCUGGAGUGCUGAGACAGCACCUGGGGUCCACCGGCGGCUCUUUCGGAAAGUGCACAACCUCAUUUCGGCCUUCCAGAAACCCAACCAAGGCAUUGUAACACCCCUGCAGAACCCAGUUGUCAACCAUCUGAGAGCCAACUGCUCCCCAGGAAGGAAUGAAGGCUAUGACUUCCACCUGCAGCCAUCCUGAGGAUGUCUCCCCAAGUAUGACAUAACCACAUCUUCCAGCAUCUCCUCUAAUCCAUGCUUUAAAACAGAAUGAUUUAUAUGAUAGUAAAUACAACUCUGUGAGUUUUCUUGUAACAUUUGCAGAAAUGUGUAUUUCAUAGAAUUUAUUGCUCAAGAUGUAGAAGUCUCAGAAUAUUUUAAACUUAGGGUGGGAUAUUUUUUUGGUUUUGUUUUGGUUUUUCCCAAGAGAGGAUAAAAAACCAUGAACUACUAAAUCCUUUAUGUCUCUUUUCCCCCUUUGUACUGCAAGUAAAAAUAUUUUUCCCUUCAAGAUCAGUUCUUAAUUAAUAAUUAGGCAUUAAUUUUACAUUGCUUAACUUUGGAUCCUGCUUUGCUUUGUUCUGGUUGGCAUUUAUGCAGAAUUGGGCAAGUCCCCUUUUAUUAAAGUGUCCUUGCUUUGGA